AUGAUCAGUGAUAUGGAAGAGUACUGGCUAUAUUUCCGCCAAUUUGUACCGUUCUACAUAGUGGCAUUGUGUACUUUAGCACAUUUUGUGUACACGGAGUUGACAUGGAUGCCUCGAAUGGACAAACCUUUCAGACUGGAUGACCAAGCAAUUUCGAAAGCGUUUGUGGAAAAUGAACUUGUCAGCGGUGGUAUGUGCAUGCUACUUACGGUGUCUAUUCCGAUGAGUGUAUGUCUUGCAUAUUGCAUGAGUAAAGAAACUGAUUGGAAAAGGUCGAAUCUUAGUAAAAAAUUCGAGAGGCCGAUGUCAAUCGACACUAACACGCACCGUUUCCAUUGUGCAAUGGUCAUGCUGUGGGUAUCAAUUGGUGUCACAGGGAUGUUAACCAACGUAUUGAAAUUCAAGAUCAGUAACUUCCGUCCCGAUUUUAUAGAGAGAUGCGUUCCAAAGGAAGGGUUCACCAAGGAUUCAGGGACGGCAAUGGCGUACGUCAGUGAGGCAUGCCUGCAACCAAAUCUUCGGUUUCUCGUGGAAGGUAUGAAAUCAACGCCCAGCGGUCACAGCAGUAUGAUAGCUUGUGGAUGUUGGUACGCUUGGAGAUGGAUAUAUGAUCACGUGACACGGCCUGCCAUCUCAUCAACUUCCACUUCUACCACAACGACAACUGGUAGCAAACUCUCAAGCAUAUCCUCCCGCAUUGAUAUACGAACAAUCUGGCUCCCCGUACUCAUCGCAACCGUGAUGGUCUCGCGUCUUGUAGACCAUAGACACCACUGGUACGACGUUAUAGCCGGAUGUCUACUUGGGCUCACAUGCGUGAAUGUCAUCUACUACUACUGGUCAACAGUAAACAACACCACAUCAACCUCGUCCUUCUUGAAUCAGGGUCACGGCGAUCUCCUUCCCACGUGA